AUGGAUAGAAAGAAAAAAAUAUUUCUAGAUGAUGAAAGUGCACCAAUAUCAAAAUAUAUGAAAUGUAAAAUUAGAAAGUUUGACAAAGAAGAGAGUGCCUACAAUGAGGUAUUAACAUCAGUUGAUGAAUCUCAUGUAACAAUUAAUGACACAAAAGGGUUAAUAUCUACGAUCGAACCUUAUUGUACUAGUAUAACAAAUACUUCUAUAACACCAGAUAAUUCAUCGGUAAAUGGAUUACAAUCAAUUUUAAAUCAUGAAUCAUCGGAGGCUUUUGAAGAUCCAACAUUGCAAUUAGCAACACUUGAUAAAAACUCUGAUCCUGAAAACUUUUUAUCAUAGGAAUACUCAUCGGAAGAUUUAGUGGAUCAAUCUUUUGUUGUAAGUAAUUACUUAAAAUUAUAGUUCUUAUAACUGCUACAGAAUACGUAUUUAGAACUAGUGCAGUCGAUACGCUAAACUAACUGGCUAGUUAAUUUUUAACUGGACAGAAUCUCUCGUAGAAAAUUAGACAGUGAAAUUGGCGUAUUCAUUAGUCACUGCCCAGUGUGCACUGUUGAAAUUAACUGAACCCAGUGGCCAGGUUAAAAUAACAUCACUUGCAAAGCACUGCUAAAUACUGUAUGUUGAUAGAUAUAUCAUGCAUACAAUAAAAAGAAUGAAAAUUUUUAUUAUGAACAUAGUUAAAG